GUCGAAGGUAAAGCGAGGAGUGAGAAAAAAGUGAAAAAGAAGGAAGGAAAGAAAGAUACAAAGAGAAAGAGAGCGUAAAGAGAGGAAGGAAAUAUAGAGAGCGAUCGUGUGGCAUCGAGAGGGCUGGCUCCAUGUUGUGAGCGUCUGAGGACUGCCGAGGGCAGCAGCGAAAGGGCGGAGUAGGGUGCCGCCGCCGUUAUGGAGUACGGUGGCGGGGGCGGUGGGACACGCGGGGGUGUCCAGCCACCCUCCGCGGGGGCGAGGGGCAUCGCCGGCACCGACACUACCGACGCUGCGUGGCACAAACACGAACAAAUGAUGCUCAUGGAGUCCAGGCACAAGCAACAAUUGAGCGGGAGGACGGGGACCGGCGGUGCACCCCUUUACGGGCGCCUGGUGGCCGAGGAGCCCAUGCCCUCCGCGGUAUGCGGUGGAGCCGGUGCCGCGGGUGGCGGGGCUGCCGGCGGAGUUCCCCAGGAGACCCCCUCGGACAUUCACGCCAUGCAGGCCAGGAUACCCCACAGGUUUCGCGAUCCAGCGACGGCGCCCCUUAGGAAACUCAGCGUCGACCUCAUCAAGACCUACAAGCACAUCAACGAG